AUGAUUGACGUGUGCCAUUUGGGGACGAACUACCGAGCCCGAGCCUUAAUCGACCCGGGAUCCGAGGCGACGUUCAUUUCAGAACGCCUGUUCAACCUCAUCAAGUUGCCAUUCCGCAACACCCAGACCCAAGUCUCCGGGUUAAAUCAUUCGGUCUCCGCGAAAUCCUCGAAGCUAUGUCACUUCGGGAUUCGCGCUCCUACUAAGCCAGAGCAAUAUGACAGCGUGAUCCAGGAGUACCUGGAUCUGGGUCAUAUGAAAGAAGUUCCGCCGACUCACGAUUCUCCCUCGUAUCAUCUUCCUCAUCACGCGGUCCUGAAAUGGCGUUAUUUUCAAUACGUCUUCAGUGCAGACAUUACGAAAAUGUAUCGUCAGAUCUGGGUCGAUCCAAAACAUACCCCGUUUCAAAGAAUUCUGUUCCCAAACAAGGAAGGAGAUAUCCGAGACUUUGAACUAAAAACAGUUACCUUCGGGGUCAACUGCGCCCCCUUCCUCGCCAUUCGAGUCUUGCAACAGCUGGCAGAGGAUAUCCAAGUGCCAUUUCCAAAUGCCAGCCGCAUCAUCCUGCAGCACAUGUACGUCGACGACGUUCUGGCAGGGGCGAAUUCCGUAAAUGAAGCCCAAAGUUCAAUUCGAGAGUUGCAAGCUGCUCUAAGUGCCUCCGGGCUUCCGCUAAGAAAGUGGACCUCGAACAACAAAAGCGUCCUUAAAGACGUCCCGGCCGAACACCUCCUUCAUAGCGAGUUCCUCGACAUCGAUGCCGAAAGCACGGCCAAGACGCUCGGUAUUCGGUGGAGGGCAAAGUCCGACGAAUUCUAUUUAGUUCCCCCCGACAUAGUUGUGGAACCCUCCUAUACAAAGCGAGAAGUUUUGUCCCAAAUCGCUAGGUUGUUCGAUCCUGCCGGGUGGCUCGCGCCGUUCAUAAUCCGUUCAAAAAUGUUCAUGCAGGAGAUUUGGUUGCAAAACUUAGGCUGGGACGAUAAGCUUCCCACUGAAAUGAGUCAGCGGUGGCAAUCGUUUUUAGACGAGUAUUCCGACCUCAACCAGAUCCGCGUUCCGAGAUGGAUUUGGUACCAGCCUGAGGUAAUCAUAGAGCACCACGGUUUCUGUGACGCGUCUCAGAGAGCCUAUGGAGCGGCUAUAUACAUCCGCGUCGAGAUGGGGCAAAAGAUCCUGACUCGCCUGUUUACAGCCAAAACACGAGUGGCCCCGGUAAAAACCGUCUCCCUUCCUCGGCUAGAGCUCUGUGGUGCCGUGCUGUUAACCGAAAUGGUGACAGCAAUCUUUCCGCACAUGCCCUCCGCCAGUUUAGAUAUCCGCUGCUGGACAGAUUCCACAAUCGUCUUAGCCUGGCUACGAAAGCCUGCAUACAACUGGACCACAUUUGUGGCCAACAGAGUUGCCAAGAUCACGCAGGCGACGCCAGUCGACUGUUGGGCACACGUUCGCUCAGAACAAAACUCCGCCGAUCUAGCCAGUCGAGGCGUAUCCCUACAUGAAUUGGCAGAAAACCAUCUCUGGUGGCACGGACCAGAGUGGCUGCAAGGGCCACGGGAGCUAUGGCCAGCACAAAGCGACACUCUUCCAGUGACAGAGCUAGACCAGCGCGCGGUCAAAGUUCAUUUUGUCAAGGCCCCGUCCAUCGACUUUCUCGAACGUUUCUCCAAAUUGGACGAGGCCCUUCGAGUUCUGGUCUAUGUUCAACGCUUCCUUAAACGCUGCCGCAAAGGUUCGAUCUUGCCCAAUUCACGCCCUACAAGUGAAGAGAUCCGAGAGGCAGAACGAACUCUGACCUCCAUUGCGCAGCGCAGAGCACAUGGCCAAGAGCUUCACGAUCUGACCGAGAAAAGGCCUCUUCCAGUGUCAAGUCCUUUGGUGAAUUUGUUCCCGUUCAUUGACCAACACGGCCUUUUAAGGGCGUGCGGCCGUCUCACUGCCUCCAAAACCCUGCAAUAUGAUGAACGUCAUCCGAUUAUUCUCCCCUAUGACUGUAGACUGUCGCGCCUCAUCGUCCAAUUUACUCACCAGAUUACUCUUCAUGCCGGUAGUCAAUUGAUCGUACGCCUGAUCCGAUCGAAGUAUUGGAUUCCAAAAAUCAAGAAUCUGGUGAAGGCUGUGGUCAAUUCGUGUAAGAUUUGCACGAUUUACAAGAAGAGACUCCAAACACAGCUGAUGGGCGAUUUCCCGACAGAUAGAGUCUCCUUCUCGAGGGCGUUCACCUACACGGGUAUCGACUAUGCCGGCCCUUUCGAAAUACAAAAUUAUAUAGGGAGAGCGUGUCUCAUAACGAAGGCAUAUGUUUGUGUGUUUGUGUGCUUUUCCACGAAGGCUAUCCAUUUGGAACCCACUUCCGAUCUAACAACCGAGAAAUUUCUAGCGGCCUUUGCUCGUUUCGUAGCGAGGCGCGGUUGUCCUCAGCGGGUCCAUUCGGAUAAUGGAAAGACCUUUGUGGGGGCGGAAACUUUGAUUUCCAGGGACUUUCUCCAAGCUAUCAAAGAGUCCGUGACUGAUAUGGCGGACUCGUAUGGCGUCCGCAAAUAUACAUUUGAGGAGCUGGCGACGCUUCUCGCUAAGAUUGAGGCUUGCCUCAACUCUAGACCCCUCUCCCCUAUGUCCGAAGAUCCCUCUGAUUUGCUGGCCCUCACACCAGGCCAUUUCCUUAUUGGAGGGCCGUUGCUUUCCACGGCGGAACCCGAGAUAAAGGGCGAAGCCAAGUCGAUAAUAAAUCGAUGGCAACACCUCAAGGCACAACAUAGGCAGUUUAGUGCACGGUGGAAAGAGGAGUAUCUUAAAAAACUCCAUAAUCGAAACAAAUGGCAAUUUCCGACCAGGAACCUCCAAGCCGACGAUAUGGUAGUAGUCAAGGAGGACAAUCUACAACCGAACGAAUGGCGGUUCGGCAGAAUUGUUUCUGCCUUUCCAGGAGCCGACGAUCGCAUUCGAGUCGUUGAGAUCCGUACGUCUCGCGGCACCAUAAAACGCCCUGUCCACAAAGUUAUUCUGCUACCGAUGGAGGACAAAGAGUCCUCCGUUCCUAGGGACUAG